AUGCCCCGGCGGACAAAGGUUCUGAGAUUGCAUCUCGAACACCUGGGAAUACCUGUAGACUGUUUUUUCACCAGUAUUUGUUACUCCUCUGAUGAACACUUUACCAUCAUUUUCGACUUCACAACUGAAAUCUCCUGCAGUCACAUAAAACCAGCAGCUACUUCAUGGAUAAUGAGCAUGAACUACCCAACAAGGGAAAAGGGCCAAAAAAACCAACAAUGUGAUGGAACUGACAAAAUCAAUUUUGACGUGAAUUACAUGAAAGCACAGCCAUCUCAGCUUGGGUUCACUGAAGAUAGGGCCAGUUCAUUUCUUGUGGAGUUGCUUGAUGUUGUGGCUUGA